ACAGCAUUCAGUGCACGAGCUCCUGGGAACAAGACCAGCUCUGAGCUCUUCCCCUCCUUGCUUUAUUCAUGGAUACUAACCUGCUAGGAUUGUACUUUCACCGCAUGACGAGCCACUUUUGGAAGAGCCGGUGCUGAGCUCCACAUGAGGUGCAUGGACUCACUUCUAAACUGUUCUGAAGAUUCCCAAAGAGUUGUAUUCUUCAUUAAUUGGCAUAGGCAAUGCAAAAGGCUUUAACUCUUCGGAUUGUUGGACAGCCAUGACGACCUUUUGCAACUUUUGAGAUCUUUUUCUUCUUCUCCAGCAUUUGGACCAACACCUGGAGCUCCAGCUCGGAUUUUUUUUUCCUCUUUAGACUUGAGCUGGUGCAUCGGGUCAUUUAUAGAGAGAUCUCUUCAAGGUAUGGUUCUGGACUCUCUGAGCUCAGGAGCGGAUCCAAAGCUCCUACAGUCUUCAUCUUUCUUGCUGGGUGGGAAAUUGACAUUGGAAGGAGAUGAGAACCUUAUUCUGCUGCUUUCUGCUCCUCACCUCGCACCUUCUGCUGGCAGCUGCUGAGAAGGAGUUUCCCAUCCCUCAGGAGUUCAUCGACAGACUGUCCCACAGCGAAAUCAACAGCAUCAGCGACCUCCAGCGGCUACUGGAGGUAAAUUCCCCAGGUCCUGGAAAUGAGGUGAUUGAGGAGGUCAAGCAGAAGCACCAUCAGAAGAGCCAGCAUUCAUACAAGAGCUUCGCCUCCGAUCUGAAGAGCCGACAGCUGUCCCAUCGGCGGAAGAGGAGCGUUGUAGAGGAGGCGGUCCCUGCCAUGUGCAAGACCCGGACGGUGAUCUACGAGAUCCCCCGCAGUCAAGUGGAUCCCACUGCUGCAAACUUCCUUAUCUGGCCUCCUUGUGUGGAGGUGAAGCGCUGCACCGGCUGCUGCAACACCGGAAACAUGCGCUGCCACCCCUCCAAAAAACAGCACCGCACUGUCAAGGUGGCGAAGGUAGAGUUUGCGUCGCGUAAGAAAGCGAAAUUGAAGGAGGUGCUGGUCCGGUUAGAGGAUCACCUGGAAUGCAUAUGCACGUCCCAGCAUCACGUGAUAGAGCACGUGGAGGCAGACACAGGCCUACGCACAGUUAAAAACCGUAAAAAACGGAAACACAGAAAGAAAGCAGUGGCCGCACUGAUCAACAAGGAUAUUCAAUAAAAGGCAAACAUUUCCUAGCAGUCAGCGGACCAAAAUAUCCUGCAGUGGACAUAAGGUGAAACCACAUCAAGCGAGCGACUGAAGGACUACAGUGUCUACGUAAUACUGCAGCAGCACUGGGACUUUGACCUCAGACCCCAUUGCUGUUCGAAAAAAAAAAAAGAUACUGUAUCCAGAGGAACAUUAUACACAAACACAACACCAAAGGUGCUUUCUACGAACUCUGUCAAACACUGAAGACAAACGGGAUUGGUAUUCGGUUAAUUAUUAAGUGGUCAAACACUGGGCGGAAACGAAACUGACAAAGACUAUGUUUGUGUCGCUUCUCUGUUCUUUAUGACUCUGCUAAAGGUCAAGGAUGAGGAGAAAGUCUUUUGGAGAACACUACGUUUGUAGAGACCAUGAACUUCACACAUGCUUUGGAUGGGUUUUUGGAUCCAGAUUGGCCUGAAGGAUGGACUCAAAAAGUGGAAGAGCAUAUUAAAGGAUGUGUUGUCAUAUAACCUCGCUUAAAUAGAAGACGCUAUUUCACGCUGCUGCUCUCUAUCAAGUCCUCUUGGGUCCAGAACAUUUCAGCUGCGAUUUCCAAUGUGCCUCUAGAAAGAAGCAAAGCGCUCUGUCCAUGAACUUUCCGAAGGCAGCGCAAUGCCGCCGUUAUGCCAGAUUAAAGUAUUUAUGUAUGCAAUA